AUGGAGAAGUUCUGGUUGGGUCUCUUGUGUCUCUCAGGCUGGAACAUCUCCUCAUGCCUUCCCUCUCAGUACCACUAUGUAGCUGAGCCUAUGACUUGGACUGAAGCUCAGACCUACUGCAGAGAGACGUACACAGACCUUGCCACUGUUGAAAACAUUGAAGAAAUGGAUCAACUUCUCUCCACAGUUCCAUCUCUGCUUGAUAAACAUUUUGUCUGGAUCGGCCUGUACAGUAAAAUCGAGUGGAAAUGGUCAGACGGCUACACAGAGAGUGGGGCUGAUUAUAGGAACUGGCACCCUGGAAAAGAACCUGACUUUCACGGAGGUCAAUUCUGUGCUCAAACUGGAGAUAGUGGAACAUUUUGGGAUGACUUCUGCACUUACAGAUAUCAUUUUAUCUGUUACACAGGGACACAACAGGAUCCUGAGUUUGUCUUUGUCAAUGAAAUCAUGUCUUGGUCCGAUGCUCAGAAGCACUGCAGGGAGAACUUCAUAGACCUGGCCACUGUGAGGAACAUCAAUGACACCAAGAAGUUCCUGAGCUGGGUGCAAAAAGGAGACUGGGUAUGGAUUGGUUUGUACAGAGAUCCUGACAUUAACUGGUCUAAUGGGAGUCUCUCCACAUACACAUACUGGAAAGGCAGUUCAACUCCAUUAGGCUCCAUGAGCGUGGUUUGUGGAGCUGCGGAGAUGCCAACAUCAGGAAAAUGGAUUUUGUCUGACUGCGAAACAAAACUCCUGUUCGUUUGCUACAGCCCUCCAUCAAAACAGCAGGUGAUAAAGCUCAGGAUGAAGCCAGAGGACUCCACUGUGGAUCUGAAUGACCCUGCUGUGAAAGCAGACAUACUGAAAAAGCUCCAGAACAGGCUGAAGGAGAAAGGACUGAGUGGAGUCACCCUGAAGUCAACCCUCAUUCCAGAGACAGAUGUCAGCUAAAAAGCAUUAAUGUCACAACAUAAAUCAGAGCAUUGUGUCAAGAUGAGUGUACUAUCUAACAGCUGUUCAUUUACCGUCUCUCCUCCUCAUGCAAGCCAGAGAUUCACUUUAAAGUAAACAGUCUUCUAAACAAACACAAAUCUUAUAACAUUACACAGUUUUUUAAGAACACAGAUUAUAACAGAUCCAGAUUAUAAUCGAUCCUGUAUCCCCUUUCCCCCAUUGGUAACUGUAAGCAGGUGUAAUGGAAAAAAAUAUAUGUUCAACAGGUGACACAUCUGGCUUGUACGACACCCUAUUUGCAUAACUGUCACCUGAUUUGAAUGACCGGAACAUGAACCAUAAACGUCGUCUGAUUUGAAUGACCAGCAACCGUCACCUUAUAAGGUGUCAUGAAACUAUUCUCUAGGCAGAUUACAUCACCUGUCCACCUGAGUCUACCAAUGAGAGUGCCACAGGUCGACAUAGGUCGACAUUGGUCGACCCAUGUCGACCUAUGAGAGUGCCCUGCUUUGCACCGUCUGGUAUAAAUGUCUUGAUGUAACCGCUCCCGAGCGGGACUCUGCUAUGCAUUUGUGCUGAUUGUCACUCCUGCAUGAGUUUCCCCCUUUUGCAAAAGAACCCUUUUAUGCUUGAGCAAUAAAAUACACAAAGACAAAUCUUUGACUUGAGAUCUUCAUUUAAUCGCAGAAAA